UAGGCCCCAUUGUGGUUUGCAUGAUUCAAAGGCUAUGAUGACAAAGUGUCAGAGAGCAGAAAACUCAGUUUAGGUGGAGUUGAACUGUUAGUAUAAAGUAAAAGGAAGACCAGACUAAAAGAUGAGCACUCGCUGGGUGAUUUUACACAUUUUUGCUGUUCUUCUCUUGUGUGAUUAUGGGAUGUUCUCCACGCCAUCACCAUCACCAUCUUCUACAGAGAGGACCACUACUGAAACAUCAAACACAUCCCACUCUAACACUACUGUGACAAUGGCAGAAUCAACAACAAUUGGAAAUGACACGGAUCCUGAUACACCUGAUGAAGAGUCAAGUGGUUUGAUGCCCACAAAUUCAAGCUAUGAAGACACCACGGAAACAGACGAUUCAGACGAUUCCAACGUGAUCCCUUCAACGGCCCGUCCUGAGAGCACCACGCACAAGCAGAAUCCUCCUCUUGAGAAAAAAAAAGAUUCAGAUUCAGGAUCAUACACAGGAGGUAUCAUCAUUCUGAUCAUAAUCCUCAUCCUGAUCUUUUUUCUGCUCGGCAUUUUGUAUUUUCUGAGAAAGAAAGGAAGGAGUUACUCAUUUGAUCUGACUCGUGUCGACGCAAUUCCCAAUGAUUAUGACACCCCGCUCAGGAGCGACCAACAAGGCAUAAGCUAUGAACAAACCAACAAAGAUCUGUGUCUGGACUACGAACAGGAAGACAAGUCUGAGGAAAAGACCAGCCCGAUAGCCAAUGGGUGCACAGGAGAGAAAACUGAACAAACACCUGCCAGUGAAAAUGACCAGGAGAAUGUUCCAGAAGAGAACAGUUUCUCUACAGACUCCAGCUUGUCUCCGCCUAUGAAGAAAGUUGAGUUUAACCUGGACCUGGAUCUGAUUGGAGGAGAAUCUGACCUGAAUGAUCUGACCACAGCUGAUGCCGCCGAUGAGCCGCAAAAUGAAAACAACAAUAAUGUCUCUAAUUCUGGUCAGUAAAACCAAGGGCGAGGAUCAGCAGAAGAUAUCUUCACUGAAAUCAACCUAGACGAGCCGAAGCAACACGUAUAGUGUGUGUCUCUAAUGCGACAGUCAAGAUUUUGGGUCCUUGGUACCUGGACUCAAACUAUAUCUGCUCAAAAUGUGGACUUGACACUGGCAAAUGUGUGCCAAUGUGUGCAAAAUGUGUGACUUCAAGUUUUGUUUCAUCUGCUGUUAAUGAAGAUUGUAUACUGUAUAUAAAAAGACUAUUGAAUCAUUGGUUGAAAUGUAUGUAAAAAAAAAAGAAAAAAGUUAGUAUACAAAUGCUGUAUAAAAUAAUUUGUGGCUAUAAUAAACAUUCACUGUAUUAAUGUAA